CAACCGAUACACAGCGCAGGAGCUUGCGGCAGCUUGCGGCUAGCAUUCUCGGUCUGCUUCUCCCAGUUGAGCCGGACUGCGCCUGUUGAAGGGGUUCACGCACGCCGAGGCGUGAGAGUCCGAGAAAUCGGUCUGUUCUUCCUUUCCUUUCAGCCGAAAGCUCUCUGGCCGGAGCUUUUUAGCUCGCUACACCAGUUCGGCUAGGAAGAACGGAGACCGAUCGCCGAACCGUUGCUCAUCAAUAUCGCAACGUUGCGGCGAUAUUGCUGGCAAGCUUCUGCACGGGAAGGAAACGGCGGAUCAGCCCUUCGCGCGAUUACCUCGGAGAAGACGCGCGUAUUUGUAUCAUCCUCGCGUGCCUCCGGCGAGUAAAUAAACGACGACGACGACGGGUUUCGCUUCGAAAUGGCGCGCGACCCGGUGUCCCCCGUUAAAUUCGCCCGUGUCGCAUGUGCUCCGGCGAUGUUUUACCGCCGGCCGCGACGACGAUGAGGAAGAAAGGAAGGAGGGAAAAAAAAGGGUGCGUUUGGUCCGUGGCGGGAUCCCUUGGAAAUGCGUGGGGGGGUCCACCAACAAAAUUAUGGAUCGAGGCGACUCGAGGGCUUACGUCUGCGCAUGACUAUCGUCGCCGUCGUCGUCGUCGUUUGGCCUACACACGCGUACACAUGCACGCACGGUAGGUACGCGAGCCGCCGGCAGCCCUCCUGGACAACCUCCUGCGGGAUCCCUUCGCCGCGACACCCCCGCGAGCUCGCGUCGGCCAUAGAACGACGCGCGACGUCGCUGCACCCGAGCACACCGGCGACACCGUCUGACCAUGAACGUGAAUCCUCCGUUCCGGGACACUAUUUUCGACCUGGCCGACGAGCGCGGCCGACGACGGGGCGCGCACCUCGUGUGUUUAAGAUCGAAAAAUCGGGAGUCACGUACGAGCCGGGUCGACUUUUAGAUCGCCGAGCGCGUUUGCGAGGAAAGGGAGAGAAAGCGAGUGAGGAAGCGAGGGAGAAAGAGAGAGAGAGAGAAAGAGAGAGCUUUCGAGCUUACACGAUGAAACACAACGACAGGGAGACGAGGGCCUGAAGCGCGCGCGCGCGCGGGCGUUGUUGGCGCGCGUCGAACUCCAAAACAGGGUAGACACGCGCCGGCGGAGACCCUCCGAGACUUCACAUCGAAUUCCCCUGUCGGCGACGCGCAUCCUUCGACGAAUAACAUCCCUCCGAGGAACACGCUGACGCUCGACAGAAGCAUGGGUGAGAAGACGUUCAACCUCACGUGGAACAAUCACCUGGCGAACUUGUCGGGUCUGUUCGAGACGCUUUACAAGAGCGGCUCUUUGACGGACGUGACUCUCGCCUGCCAGGGUGGUAUGCUGAGGGCUCACCGGCUGGUCUUGGCGGCAUGCAGCCCCUACUUCGAGAGGGUCUUCAAGGAGCACUAUGGAGAACAGCCCAUCCUCAUCCUGAAAGGGGUCGCCGUCGAGGAGAUGGAGUGCCUCCUGGACUUCAUGUACAGAGGCUCCAUCGACGUGGCGGAGCAGCAUCUGCCUUCGCUCAUCAAGACCGCGACCGACCUGGAGAUCCGCGGCCUCUCCGGGGAACAGAAUAACCAGGAGGAGAACAAUCGUAAUCCGUACGCGAGGGUCGAGGCGCGCAUGCAACGGUGCCACAUCGAGACCAGGGUGCACAUCAAGGAGCCGUCGGUGAUACCGUUUUUGCCGAAGCACUCCGACAUCGAUCCGCUCGAGGAUCCCAUCAAGGUGGAGGAGAUCGAAGUGGAGGACGACCCGAUGGUGAUCGACGGCCACGAGGACAGCUUCGACGAGCUGCCGCCGUCCACGGAGACGCAAAUUAAGCAUAUACCACCCCCGAUGUUCAAGCGGGAGACCAGAUUCAAAGGACAGAAGAGGGUGUCGGUGGGUCGGGUGACGCGGAACAGUGAGCCGGUGGAGUUGAGGUCGAAGAACUCCUCGCGGGAGUCCAGCUGCGAGGAUUCCUCGAGCAUCGUGAAAUGCGAGCCCGGCUUCAACGACACGUCCGCGGAUGUCGCGGCGUCGAACGUGCAACAACAGGAGACGUCGAAGAACGCGGGCGAGCAGCUGAAGCCGGCGGUGAAGAGGAAGCUGGAGAUGCUGAAGAAGGCGGUCAGGGACGGCAAGGAGACGAGGAUGCUGUUGAAGUCCGACCGGGCCCAGCACAAGCCGUUCUCGUGCGACCUUUGCACACUGGCGUUCACGAGGGCGUCGCACUUGGCGAGGCACAGGAGGGUGCACACCGGCGAGCGGCCGUUCGCGUGCAGCAUCUGCCCGCGGAUGUUCGCCAGGCAGGACAAGCUGAAGCAACAUCUGGACUCGCACUUGCAAUGGCCGAAGAGGAAGGGCGCGCAGACGGUGCCCACGUUGCCGGGGAAGAACAAACGCGGCAGACCGCGCAAGGUAGAACGACAAUCGGUUAACAUCGAGUCGUCGGCGAUGGAGGAGAUUCUCAAGUUCGGCGAGUUCAGCUCGCUGCUGAACAAGUCGCACUCCGCCAACUCGGCGAGCGGCGAGGAUGACGUGCGCAAGAGGAAGGAAGCGCAUCAGGACGACGACGACGACGACGAGGACUCGUCGCACAGGGAGAGGGAUAAUUACGGUUGCCAGGUCGAGAACGGCCAGGAUAUCGUUUAAUGAACUCCUCCCUUUCUUCCUCUGCCUCUCUCUCUCCUCCUUUUCUUCUUCUUCUUCUCCUCUCUCUCUCUCUCUCUCUCUCGCUGUCUGGAUUUAAAUAUAACAUAUUUUUCUAUGCACUCCGCGCGUAUAACGAAGACGUCAACGCUGUGAGGAGGAAAGGAACUACUACCAGCUAUUCGAGCUCCUUCGAAAGAUCGUGGUAUCCUUUAUCUGAGUCUAUAUCUCUGUCUCGAUAGGGCUUUCCGUUUUCUCGUGCCAGUCGCGCGUACAGCGAGCAGAGAGAGAGAGAGAGAGAGAGAGAGAGGGAGAGAGAAUGAGAGCGAGAGAAAACGAACGAGACGUACUCCGCAAUGAGUUCUCCGAAAGAAAAGAAAAAGAGACGGAGACUUCUCCCUCUUGCUCGUCGUGCGCGCUCGCGAGCGUCGAGAGAGCACUUGCGUCGCACUUUUAAUCGCGAGAAUAUGUUUAACGUAAGUACCUGAGAUAUCGACUACUAACGUUAUGUGUCAUACCAAAGCGCACGAGCCUCCGGAGGAAUGUGACGAGCGUGGUGAACGAGAGAGACGAUGGUCGAUGGACGAUCGAUCGGCUCGCGAUUUGCGUCGAGAUCAGCGAAGGGACGCUACAAACGAUCGACCAAAUGAUAUAUACGCGUGAAUGCGGCCUGACCUUUCACCGUAAACGGCUCCCCGAUGCGCGUCGCGACGCGAUACCCGGGAAAAAGUGAUUACAUUUGAUUACAUACGAUUACAUAAAAUCACAUAUGAGUUUUGCCCAUACAUGUGGAUUGCGCGUAUGAUCGCAAAUGGAAAAUAAAAUGACGCUUCGUCACUUGAUUAAACGCCGAUAUCGCGUGCUGCCGGAAGCCGCGAGCAGCCGGGAGCAUUCGCUUCGAUCCUACUUACACGUGAUUUGCGAACGACGGUAUUUCUUCGUCGCGGACAUGCGUACGAUUAUACGCAGUCGUAUAUGGGCAAAUUUCAUACGUGAUCUUUCUUUUACCCCCCACUUCCCUCCGGGUAGCGAUAGUGGUUCCGCGAUUUCCGCCGAGACGGUGUCUCGGGCGUGUGACGAUUCGCCAAUCGGUCGAAACACGUUGCCACGGGCCACGAUGGCGAUAACGAGCGAUAAGGCAGGCGCGCGGAAACUCGGCGCGAGUUAUCGCGCGAGAGGCGGGCGCGGAAGAGGCGCGCAACGAGGCGCAAACACGUCUCUCUCCGUGUCACACGGUGUUGCGGUGACACGACGCUGCAUCCGAUACGGUGCGGGUCACGCCUCGAACCUAGCAGUGUAAUAUUUUGUCAUACGCGCGACUGUAACUCGACAAGUACAAAUGUCCGAAAAAAAAAAGAAAAAAAAGA